CACAAACACGCCCUCAGCUAUAGAAUUAAAAUCUCACCAAUCAUCCUCAUCAUCAACUUGUAACAAUUUCUUUCUUUUUCUUUUUUUUUUUUCCCCUCAAAAUAUCUCACACCCAGCACAAUCCUUCAUCAUCCAUGUCCAAACAGUGAACCUUGUUUCCCCAAUCCCAAAAUGGCGACCAUCUCCACAUGCUUAACUGUCACACCCACUUCUCGCCUCUGCUUUCACCCACGACCGGUUUCCUUCACUUCUUCAUCUUUUGCCAAGCCCCCCAAAAACCCGUUCCCUUUUGCGCAAAACACGGUUUUCCGGGGAAUCUCCAAAAGGGUUUUGGUGCCGAGGGCCGCCGUCGAUGUAGUCGGAGGGAUUAGGCCUGGGGGUGUCAUUGAAAGCGAUAAGUUGCCCUCCGAUGUGAGGAAGCGAACGAUGGAUGCCAUUGAUGCUUGUGGAGGGAGGAUGACCAUUGGGGAUGUGGCUAGCAGGGCUGGGCUCAACUUAAACGAAGCUCAGAAGGCUCUGCAAGCUCUUGCUGCCGAUACUGAUGGGUUCUUAGAGGUCUCUGAUGAAGGUGACAUUCUAUAUGUGUUUCCGAAAGAUUUUCGGUCAAAGCUUGGUGCCAAGUCGUUUAGGAUUAAAGCUGAACCCUUUAUUGAAAAGGCUAAGGCUGCAGGAGAAUACUUGAUACGGGUUUCUUUUGGGACAGCACUUAUUGCAUCAAUUGUUAUUGUUUAUACUACCAUAAUUGCUCUUGUAACUAGCAGCAGAAGUGAUGAGGACAAUCGUGGAAGACGUGGAGGCAGAUCAUAUGAUUCAGGAUUUAAUUUCUACUUUAAUCCAGUAGAUUUAUUCUGGUACUGGGAUCCAUACUAUUAUAGGAGGCGAAGGAUACAAACUGAUAAUGACAAGAUGAACUUCAUUGAGUCGGUGUUCUCCUUUGUAUUUGGAGAUGGUGAUCCCAAUCAAGGAAUUGAAGAAGAGAGAUGGAAGUUGAUUGGGCAAUACAUAGCAUCUAAUGGUGGUGUUGUUGCAGCUGAAGAACUUGCUCCAUAUCUUGAUAUAGAUUCUACGGAGGGACUCAAGGAUGAUGAAUCCUAUAUCUUACCCGUGCUUUUACGAUUUGAUGGUCAGCCUGAAAUUGAUGACGAGGGAAAUAUUCUAUAUAGGUUUCCAUCUCUGCAGAGGACAGCUUCUCAAAAGAGUAAGAGGAAAGAAUAUGUUGGAAGAAGAUGGGCAGAUUGGGUUGGAGGAGUUGAAAAGUUUUUCAAGGAGAAGAAAUGGCAAUUCAGUAAAACUAGCACAUCAGAGAGGGCAAUGGUCUUUGGCCUGGGUGGCCUUAAUCUGUUUGGAGUUAUUAUACUCGGAACCAUGUUGAAAGAUAUGACAGUUGCACCAAGUAGCUUCAUAAAAUUUGUUGCCGACAUAUUUCCUCUUCUUCAGAUUUAUGCUGGUUCCUUCUUUGCAAUUCCUCUUGUUCGAUGGUUUUUUAUUCGGAAAAGGAAUGCUGACAUUGAAAAGAGAAACAAAGCUAGGCAGCAGUGUGCACAAGUACUUGAAUUGCCUGACACAUCUCUGAGGCAGAAGCUUUUCAGUGCUCGGGACAUGGCCCAAAAGACAGUUAUAGGACAGGAUCAAAUUGUGUACAGUACUGACAAGGACUUACUUGAGCAAGAGUAUGAGGCUCGCGAAUGGGAUAAAAAAUUUCGAGAGCUAUAGAGAUCUGAUUGAGAAGGGUCAGCUUUUAUUCAGUGCAUUGAAUUUCAGGACCUCGAGCUCACAUUUUGCUAUCCAUGUAUUAACAAUUGUAGCACAGCAUCUAGGCUGCCAUCUGGUGAAAUUGCAGCAUUUGGUUUAUUUGUUGAUCGCUACAUAGCCAAGGUGCUCGGGAAAUAUGCUAUGUUGAUAUUGCAGCAUUUACUUUUUUAUGCAUCACAGUCGUAAUUCACUUCUUUUAGAUCCCGUAACUUGUGUCUUAAGUGAUAUAAUUUGUUAUGUGAUAUAUAGACCAAAGGAAUAGUGAAGGUUUCAGUAGAACAAACAGAAUUAAAACUUAACAGGCAUGGCUUUUGUAUCUAUAAUUUUUUACAUCGGAAAUAUUGGAAUUUAUUAGCGCCCCAAAGUGGAACAUAAUCAGCUUGUAUCGUGAAGGAGAACAAAAAGCUUAUUGCUUGUUGAAUGCAUAU